GCAUGAUUUGCUUAUACAAUUAUUUGUGCAUACGGCCCACUCACAUUUCUUGAAAUUUUAUAUAAAGUACAACUUUAUGAAAAUAAAAUUUGCUUCAGUAAAUCCACUUUGAGAAUGAAUUUUUUUCGUGAAUCCGCAAGCAAUGUGAGACUCGCAAUAAAACCAAAUAUCGAAUGCAUUGGAUGAGAGUCUCAUCUCAUGUUGAUGUGAACGAGAAGCCGGUGAGCGAACUCGCGUAAAAUUUCUUCACUCGUCUCGCCGUAUUUUGAUUUCUUAUUGUUCACCGUUUUAUCGGAGUAAAUAAGGAACAAAAAAGGGGGAGAUGGAGAAAGGGUUGAUAUCAACGUUCUUCGAUAUUAUUCAGUCUUUGGCCACGGCGGUAGUGGUACUAGUUUACAUAAUCUACUCAUAUUUCGAAGCCUUUUGGAGAUUAUUGCGACCGAAACCAGCCAAGUCACUUGCCGGAGAAAUUAUUUUGGUAACUGGGUCAGGAAAUGGAAUUGGGCGUGAAAUUUGUCUUCAAUUGGCGAAUUCUGGAGCUAAAAUUGUUUGCUGGGAUAUUCACAAAGGGAAUAACGACGCGUUAGUCAAGUCUUUAAGGAAAUUGGGCGCAUUUGCGUAUGGUUACAUGGUCGACGUAUCGGAUAGAUCUACUGUGGAGUGUUUUGCAGAUAAGGUUAGAAAAGAAGUCGGCGAAGUUACUAUCAUCAUCAACAAUGCAGGGGUAGCUCCUUGUCAAGAGUUUCUUAAAUGUAAUCCACAACUAGUCGAGCACGUUUUUAAAGUAAAUGUACUCUCCCACUUUUGGAUUUUACAAGAAUUUCUUCCCAAUAUGAUCGAGUGCUCAAAAGGUCACGUGGUGACGAUGUGUUCAUUUGCUGGGUUAAAGGCUACUCGGAACAUGGUGCCCUACAAUGGGUCCAAAGCAGCCAUUCAUGGCUAUUUGGAGUCUCUGAAAUCGGAAAUUCGACAUCAUCCUAAGAAACCGGAUAUUAAAUUUACAACCGUUUACCCUUCUGCAGUCAAUACGAGAUUAUUUAAAGGACUAUGCUGCAGAUUUAGAUUCCCAUAUUUUACGCCAGUUCUUGAGCCGGAAUAUGUCGCCAGACAUCUUCUAAAUGGUUUAAAAAGGGAAAUAGAGUAUGUCUAUUGUCCACCGCACAUACCGCUGUAUUUGUUCCUAGAAAAUUUAAUCCCGAACAAGGCCAGAGGAGCUGUUACAGAUUUUCUUAUGCCCUUAUUCGAACCCAUUUCUACCACCAGCAAUAAAUCUCAACUGGAUUCUCAUUGCACUUCAUCCUCUUUGUAGCCAAUUUUUAUUAUGCUAUUCCUAGUCUUACCAUGUAUUUUAAAACAAUUGCUAUUGUCCUUCCUUAUGUGCUCUGUGAUACACUUAUAAUUAUGUAAUGGUAAAUGAUUAAUCCUUGAUCUCAAUCUUUAAAGCAGAUCUGUGAAUAAAUAAGUAAAGUCAAGAAGAA